AUGGCGGCCGUCGAAGUGUUGCAUGCUUUCCAGGAUUCAAUAAAAGUACCCCAGGGUGGAGAGAAAAUCUUCAAAGAUGAGUGUUGUUUCUCGUUUGACAGUCCGGAAUCUGAGAAUGGUUUGUACAUAUGCAUGAAAACCUUCCUUGGCUUUGGUAAAGACCAUGUAUUGCGUCACUUCAACAAAACUGGAAAUUCUAUUUAUUUACAUUUAAAAACUAUUAAAAAACUCAAACCCAAAACUGAAGCCAAAGAAGAUCCACCGAAGAAAAAGCCAACAAGACUUGCAAUUGGGGUCGAAGGUGGGUUUGAUGUAGAAGAUGAAGAAGAAUUUGAAUAUGAAGAACAGAACUCUGUUGUUAUUCUUCCAGAUUUUGCCUCUAUCCCAUUACCAAAUGCAGCACUGCCUGAAAAAGUACAGAGUUGCAUCGCUGGGAUUUUAUCAGCUCAAUCAGCAUCUAAAAAUGAGGAGAUCGAAGCAUGGGAUGGAGAGACAAGAAUCAUUUCUAAGUAUGCAGACAACUUACAACAACUUGAUAAUGGGAAGAAGGUUCCUCCUAAAGGUUGGAAGUGUGAAAUGUGUGACAAGACGGAAAAUUUGUGGUUGAAUCUGACAGAUGGCAGUGUUUUAUGUGGACGUCGCUAUUAUGAUGGUACCGGUGGUAAUAACCAUGCGUUAGAUCAGUAUGAGGUAACCAAAUAUCCGCUAGCAGUCAAACUUGGAACUAUUACUCCAAGGGGUGCCGAUAUAUAUUCAUAUGAUGAGGAAGAUAUGGUAGAAGACCCUCACUUGGCUAAACAUUUGGCACAUUUUGGUAUCAAUAUGAUUGCAAUGGAAAAGACUGAUAAAACAAUGACAGAGUUAGAAAUUGAUUUAAAUUCGCAAUUGAAAGCUGAGUGGGACACAAUACAAGAAGCUGGUAAAAAGUUGGUUCCUUUAUUCGGAGCAGGUUACACUGGAAUGCAAAAUCUUGGAAACAGCUGUUAUUUGAACUCGGUGAUACAGGUGCUGUUUUCCACUCCCGAUUUCAUUAACAGGUAUGCGAAUGGUUGUGAACUUAUCUUCAAUCAGACUCCGGAUGAUCCAAGUCGUGAUUUCAACACACAAAUUGCCAAAUUGGGUGCUGGUUUGUUGUCAGGUGUUUAUUCAAAGAAACCAUCUUCAGACGGAGAUGCUGAUGUAGAUAAGUUACAAGAAGGGAUUACUCCCCGUAUGUUUAAAUCGCUUGUUGGCAGGGGACAUCCGGAAUUUGCUACAAACAGGCAACAAGACGCACAAGAAUUCUUCCUUCAUCUCAUCAGUCUAAUAGAAAGGAACAGCAGGGGAGCUCAGAACCCAUGUGACUGUUUUAAAUACCAGGUGGAGGAACGAAUACAGUGUGUUCAGUCAGGUCAAGUACGUUAUAAAAAACGCGAUGACUACCUGCUAGCAUUGCCAAUUCCAAUGGAAGCAGCUACAAAUAAAGAUGAGGUAGCAGCAUUUCAAGUGAAAAAGAAAGAAUAUGAAGAAAAGAAAAUGGUGUUGAAAAAUGACGAAAUAGUACGGCCCCGAAUUCCAUUAUCAGCUUGUCUUGAUGCUUUCAGUGCUCCCGAAAUUGUUGAUGACUUUUAUAGUUCGGCUUUGCAAGCAAAGUCUAUUGCCUCCAAAAUUACAAAACUGGCUACUUUUCCAGAUUGUCUUGUUAUUCAACUGAAAAAGUUUACACUCAGUGAAGAUUGGACUCCAAAGAAAUUAGAUAUUAGUGUAGAUGUCACGGAUGAGUUAGAUUUGAGUUUAUUACGUGGUAAAGGACUUCAAUCAAAUGAAAAAGAACUUCCUGAAGGUGACGGGCCACCACAACUGGAGCCAGAGAUUGAUGAGGGUGUGGUCAAUCAACUUGUUGAUAUGGGAUUCAACAGAGAAGGUUGCAGGAAAGCUGUGUAUCAUACAAAUAACCAGGGUUCCGAAGCUGCCAUGCAGUGGGUGUUUGAACACAUGGCAGAUGCAGAUUUUGCUGUACCCCUUCAGAUAGGAGGAGCUAAAAAGUCGAGCCAGCCGGCGGUAAACGAAGAAGGUGUCAUGAUGAUUACUGGAAUGGGAUUCACUAGAGAUCAAGCCAUUAAGGCUCUCAAUUCAACGAACAAUAACGUAGAACGAGCUGUUGAUUGGAUAUUCAGCCAUGCCGAUGAACUGGAAUCAGUUGCCAUGGAAACCGAAGCACCAGGUCCUCAAUAUCGAGAUGGAAAUGGGAAAUACAAACUGGUUGCAUUUAUCAGCCACAUGGGUACAUCAACAGCAUGUGGACAUUACGUAUGCCAUAUAUUGAAAGAAGGAAGGUGGGUAAUAUAUAAUGACAGAAAAGUGGCCGUGUCUGAGAACCCACCAAAGAACUUGGGAUACCUUUACUUCUAUCAAAGGGUCUGAACACAUAAUCUGCUGUUUGUUCACUUUUAUAUGUAAAGUUGCAAUGAUAUAGAUGUACUCGAGAUGCUGAAAUAUUGGACAAUCUCAUUCUGUAACAUUUGAAUUUAUGUUACAUCCAAAUAGAAGAAGAGUCUUGGUUGCUAUGUGUGGAUCAUUCUUAAACCACUGAUUGGAUUCAAUUAAAAAUUAUUAUAUAUUAGUUAAUAUGUAGUGAUCGUAAUACAAAUCAAUUGAGAGCAA